AUGGAGGCUACAACACUGAAGUUUUCGAGUGUCUUUCUCGUGGGAAUGGUCCUUUCACACAAAGCAAUGAAUAAGGAAGCCUUUAAACGACAUAUGAGAAAUCUUUGGCGUCCUAAAGCGACUGUGGUGGUGACAGAUUUAGAGGACAAUCGGUUUACUUUCGGAUUCAAUUCCAUGCAGGAACGUACCACUAUUCUUCAUCGAGGACCAUGGCUGUAUAACAAGCAGUACCUAUUGUUGCUUGGAGAGGCAGAUACGUUGGCAUACCCUGCUCAGAUUCCUUUGCACAUUCAGGAAUUUUGGGUACAAUUUAAGGGGUUACCCCUAUGCUACAUGACUCGACAUAUGGGGGAAUUUUUAGGAAAUAUAUUAGGAGAGUACAUCCUCAUGAAUCAAAAUCGUAAGGAUGAAUUAUUUGGUAGCAUUCUUCGUGUGCGGGUGUGUCUGGACGUAAGGAAUCCGUUGCAAAGGUUUGUGAAUAUACAACUGGAUGGCAGGCAAAUGCAAAUAGAUGCUAGGUAUGAGAAAUUACCUCUCACAUGUUUUCUAUGCGAAAUGAUGGACCAUGUUGAAGACCAAUGUGAGUGCUAUGAAGGAAAAGUUUUGGAUGAUAAGGACAAACCGUAUGGUUGUUGGUUCCAACUGGAUGUGCUCGAUAAAGAUUAUCGACGCCCUAUAGGGAGACAGUUUGGUUUAGAUGCGGAGGGUGGUUAG